UUUUAGAUGACCUCUGGAAUCUUCCUCUUCUUUUUUCGACGAACUGGGCGAACUCUGCAAGGGGAAGAUACAACUGAGGGGUCCCAGCAUGAAUUCUAGACUUUUACAUCUUCCUGAAGGCUCGGAGCGUGUGUUGGACGCAGACGAAGAGGUUUUCAUCCUGUACUCCCGGCCAACACCUCCUCCGUCAGAUGAACACCGGGGCUUGGGCUAUCUCGAUUCGAAUACGGAUACAUUGACGCUCGCUUUCAAUCUGACAACUCCCGAUCUCCCGUCCGACGUCAAGAAGAAACGAAGAAAGGGCGCGCUUAGAGAAAAGACUGUCGAAGUCGAGUUGGCUCAGGAUAAGACUUCGCUCAGAUCUCGCACUGGCGAUACAGGGUCCGUUGUCUGGAAGGCCAGCGUCGAUUUUGCGCAGAUGAUACUCCAACAGCAACAUUCACCAACAUCGUCGCCUCUGCUAGAUUUCGAAGAAUUACGUGGGAGCCAUAUUCUCGAAUUGGGAUCUGGGACUGGUCUACUGAGUGUCGUACUUGCUCGAUUCGUUCAUCAUUACACGGCGACAGAUAUUGCCGAACUUUUGCCUCUGAUACGGAAGAAUGCCACUCUAAAUCUCGCCAAUGUUCGCGUCGAGGAACUGAAUUGGGAGACUUUACACUCUACUGCGGCCUCCCGACGGAAUCUCGUGUUUCCUCCCCAUAAUCCUCCCGUCGAUCUCGUCCUGAUCGUAGACUGCAUCUACCAUCCAUCACUAGUGGGACCGUUGCUCUCGGCCAUCGAUCACUCUGGUUCUCUCGUCCUGGUGGUCAUGGAACUGCGUGCGGAUGAUGUGACCCGGGCAUUCUUGGAGGGCUGGCUGUCUCUUGGCAAUUGGGAGAUAUGGCGCGUCGAACCGGGAUUUGCGGCUGACAAUCCGUAUGUGAUGUGGGUUGGAUGGAAGAUAUAGAUAUGACGAGGCUAACAAUGGUCCGAUAGCAGCUGCCGCGAUGGCGAUAACAGAAGUCUGUCGGGAGAAAAUGGCGCCGCUCUUGUGCCCGUUGACUGCGGCAGUCGCUGCGGCAGAAACAG